CGGUCUCCUCCCCUUGCUCUGACGCGAGGCCCGUGGCUCCCCGGGAGGAUGGACCGAGAGCCGCGCUAGCGGGGGGCUUCCCCGGGCUGGAGAGUGCGCCUGAGUGCCGCCUCCCGCCGGGCAUGGGAGCCGCUUCCUGGCGGCUGCGGCAGCGGAGGAUGCUCCAGGCAAGCAGAGCACUCAAGAAGAGUGAAUGAAAUGUGCGGCUCCGGGUGUUGUUUCUGAAGGGAGGAGUCUUUCUCUUGGAGAGGAGUCCUCAAUGAGCCCUGCCACGGCCUGCGAUCUGUGUGAAGUGGACUAAGGAUUAAGUAGGAUGUCAACUGAGACAGAACUUCAAGUAGCUGUGAAAACCAGCGCCAAGAAAGACUCCCGAAAGAAAGGACAGGAUCGCAGUGAAGCCACUUUGAUAAAGAGGUUUAAAGGUGAAGGGGUCCGGUACAAAGCCAAACUGAUCGGGAUCGAUGAAGUGUCCGCAGCUCGGGGAGACAAGUUAUGUCAAGACUCCAUGAUGAAACUCAAGGGAGUUGUUGCGGGCGCUCGUUCCAAAGGAGAACACAAACAGAAAAUCUUUUUAACCAUCUCCUUUGGAGGAAUCAAAAUCUUUGAUGAGAAGACAGGGGCUCUUCAGCAUCAUCAUGCUGUGCAUGAAAUCUCCUACAUUGCAAAGGACAUCACAGAUCACCGGGCCUUUGGAUAUGUGUGUGGGAAGGAAGGAAAUCACAGAUUUGUGGCCAUCAAAACUGCCCAAGCGGCUGAACCUGUGAUUCUGGACUUGAGAGAUCUCUUUCAGCUCAUUUACGAAUUGAAGCAAAGAGAAGAAUUGGAAAAAAAGGCACAAAAGGAUAAGCAGUGUGAACAAGCCGUGUACCAGACCAUUUUGGAAGAGGAUGUUGAAGAUCCUGUGUACCAGUACAUUGUGUUUGAGGCUGGACAUGAGCCAAUCCGUGAUUCCGAAACAGAAGAAAACAUUUAUCAGGUUCCAACCAGCCAAAAGAAGGAAGGUGUUUAUGAUGUGCCAAAAAGUCAACCUGUAAGUGCUGUGACCCAAUUAGAACUUUUUGGGGACAUGUCUACCCCUCCUGAUAUAACCUCUCCCCCCACUCCUGCAACUCCAGGUGAUGCCUUUAUCCCAUCUUCAUCUCAGACACUUCCGGCGAGUGCAGACGUGUUUGGUUCCGUACCUUUCGGCACAGCUGCUGUACCCUCAGGUUAUGUGGCAAUGGGCGCCGUCCUCCCAUCGUUCUGGGGCCAGCAGCCCCUCGUGCAACAGCAACUCGCCAUGGGUGCUCAGCCACCCGUCGCUCAGGUGAUGCCGGGGGCUCAGCCCAUUGCAUGGGGCCAGCCGGGCCUCUUUCCUGCCACCCAGCAGCCCUGGCCCACCGUGGCCGGGCAGUUUCCGCCAGCCGCCUUCAUGCCCACACAAACUGUUAUGCCUUUGCCAGCUGCCAUGUUCCAAGGUCCCCUCACUCCACUUGCCACCAUCCCAGGCACGAGUGACUCCACCAGGUCAAGUCCACAGACCGACAAGACCAGGCAGAAAAUGGGGAAGGAAAUGUUUAAGGAUUUCCAGAUGGUCCAGCCUCCACCCGUGCCCUCCCGAAAGCCUGACCAGCCCUCCCUCACCUGUACCUCAGAGGCCUUCUCCAGUUACUUCAACAAAGUCGGGGUGGCACAGGAUACAGACGACUGUGAUGACUUUGACAUCUCCCAGUUGAAUUUGACCCCUGUGACAUCUACCACACCAUCGACCAACUCACCUCCAACGCCUGCCCCUAGGCAGAGCUCUCCAUCCAAAUCAUCUGCAUCCCACGCCAGUGAUCCCACCGCUGAUGACAUCUUUGAAGAAGGCUUCGAAAGUCCCAGCAAAAGUGAAGAGCAAGAAGCUCCUGACGGUUCCCAGGCCUCAUCCAGCAGCGAUCCAUUUGGGGAGCCCAGUGCUGAGCCCAGUGGUGAUACCACAAGUCCACAGGAUGGUAGCUAGAAAGCACAGAGCUGGGCAUGAGAGCCACUCGAAGGGUAGAUCCACAGACCUGAUAAGCAGCAUCAACAGGAGGACGUUGUGGGUGCUUCAAGAUGGCAUGGAAAUCAGCAUAGCAACAGGCUCUCUUGGAUUCUUUCACUUGGCCUCAUCCCACAAAGAAAUUCACGAUGGCCCACUGAAACUUACUGGAAGAGGGAACUCAGCUCUCUGGACAACGAAUGACAUAUUUAUGGCAGCACAAAAUAAAUAAAACCCACAACAGCAUAUAAAGGAAAACACCCAACAUUACGUCACAAAUCAAGCAGAUGCUUACUGAGCUCUUGUUGAAGCUGGGUUUCUGAUGGUAUAUGAGCUCCUAAUUAUUUUCUUAUUUCACCUGUUGACCACAGUAGAGACAUGAAAUUUGGAGUUAUAGGCAUCAGAGAGUUACAAUUGGGCUGACACUGACUUCUUUUAGGUAAAAGCAAGAAGUCCUGUGACCACAGUAUCAUCAUCCAUAUGCCUUCCAACAAGAGAUGUCGUGUCAUCUCCCCAUAGGACCACAUCUGCCAUCUCCUUCCCCCACCUUCCUCCCUUUAUCAUAUUUCAAAAUUAAUGGGUGUACAAAUUUUUGUAUUGUUUUUGACUUUUUUUCAAGAUGAGGGUAAAUAAGUCUAACUGGGAAUUUAAAAAAAGCGCCUAAUGUGAAAUGAAUUAGCUUGACAUCACAAGUUGAAUAUGUGGUUGCUUAUGUAUUAGGAUCAGAAAUGUUGCCAAAACAACCCUCUAGCUAAUCUGCAUCCUGGUGAAACAAGACUGCUUUCGGUAUGAACCUUCAUCCUGUGAGUAGAGAAGGACGUCGAAUCCCAUUUGAUGACAAAGAUGAAAAAAUGCAUCUAAUUUCCUAAGGAGCUCUGAACUCUUAAAGUACAAUAAAGUGAUAUUUUUUAUUUUCCUGAUACCUUGCUGCUGUGAUGCUAUGCAGACAAGUGUCUUCUCCAUGUGCCAUUUCAAAGAAGUCAUUUGCCAAAUACUUUCUGGUACAUUUCUGGUAAAAUGGUUUUGGACCUUACCAGUCAACCUUCUGACAGAACAAUGGUGAUAUAACUAUUCAGAAUAACAAACUGACGCUGUGGUCAAAAUGAUUCAUCUCUCUCUCUCCUUUUGUACAUCAGAAAAUUCAAAUGGGAUUUUUAUUUUAUAACUUGGAAAAAAAAACCUUACCAUUAACUCUUGAAAUAUUUAAGGGAAAUGGCUUUAAGGAGUUCUAAUGAAAAAAAAAGUUUCUUUUGUAAAUAUAAAUGUUAAUGAAGAUGCUUUUUAAUAAUGCCAUUACACUGUAGAGAAGGUAGCAGAUUGAGUGCAAGGUGUGAAAAAGUUGAUAGUUGGGGCUCACAAUCCAGAUCUUGUUCUGGAGUAUACCGUAGGAGGUUGGAGUUCAGGGACAGCUGGCAGGCACCAUUGGCCAAUCGGUAGCUAGUGAGCAGGCACGUGACUCCAUAAUGUAGCCUUUCCACAAGAGCACCACCCUAUGUGAGAAACAAGAAGACAGUUCACACUUUGAAGGCCUGACCUUGAGGUUCUCAAACUCUCCACUUCUUUGUUCCCACCUACCCCCAUGUAAGUCACUGGACUGUUUGUACAUUAAGCAAAAGAGUUUAAGCCUCCUUUUUUUUACAUUUAUGAGACAAGAAGUGCAGUGUUUGGUUUAUGUGGUUAGCACAUGAUUUUCAUAAAGAAGCUAUAUAUUUUUGCCCUACAGAGAAUUGUUAUACAGGUCAAAUGUGUUUUCCUAAUGUUCCUAUGCAGUUGCAGUAUGUUGAAUUUAGUGGUUUAACACUAAGAAGAAGAAAAAUUUUAAAAAUCAUGUGAUGAAUUGGAUCUGGGGAAGGGGAGUCAUUAUUACUUGGUUUUAAAAUUGGGAAAGUAGCAUUUUUAUUGAUUGUAUUGAUUUAAAUAGACCUGUAUGCUUUCUUUCUUCAUAUCAAUGGAAACUAAAAUGAUUUGGUUGAUUGAUUUUAAAAUGAUGAUAUAUUCGUUCACAAAGACAAAAGUGAUCCGAUCUGUCAGAGAAGGUGAUUGUGACCAUUUGGUGCCCACGUGUAUACAACCAAGCCACUGGAACCUAGUCGAAUUUCCAGCUAGAUCAACUGUCCAGAUGUCCAUGAGAGAAUACGUGUAAGUGCCACCCUAAUUCACAAGGUCUCAAGAGCCAAAAAGUGAGAUGGGCUUUUGCCCUGUGUGUUUCUUACCAGGUGGUCCCCUCAACUAUUGCAGAAUUGUGCUCACAUUCUGUGAUUGGAUCAGCCUUUCAUCGGAAGGGGAAGAUGGGAGAGGCAUGAUAGCCAAGAGAAUCUUCCUGGCACCAGUUUGUGCUUUCUGGGGAUUUGAUAAAACAGGCAAUUCCCAUGGGGAGAUUGCUAAGAUGGAUGGGUUGUCCAUGAUUCUGAUUCUAUGCAGUGGUGCUAUCUUCUCCCCCAAUAUGGUCGUCUUGAGUUUGUCUUGCAGAAUCACACCAUCAUACCCGUUCUUUGGGUUGCUCCUGACACAUGCAGAGUGAACUGUGGCUGAUGUUGCUAUUCAGGUAAUUGUUGGGAAUGAACAUCAUAGCAGAAGGUGACAACUCCAUGGACUUGUCAUCGUGCUUUGGACAUGAUUGAAAAAUGAAACCGGCUCUGAACUCAAAGAAGAUGCCCAUGUGAUCUGCUAAAGUGAGGGAAAUGAAAUCAAGAUUGUGAGCUGCCAUCCAUAUUCUCUGUGGCAGAAUUCUAACUGUGUUCCCAAGCACUGUUUGGUGAAUCCAGCAUCACCUUAUCCAAUCCCAGGAAUCCAGUGGCACCUCCAACUAGAACUGAGGUGUCCAUACCAAAAGAACAUGGGGAGUCUGCACAGUCCUGGAUAGAUCAGCAGAAAAAUCCAUGUGUACAACUAAUUCCUCAUCCUUCACUAGCACUAAAUUUGUCACUUUAAAUUUUGAAACCAGGGAAAUGCCACCUGUCAUUCUGUCCCCAUUCCGCAUAGCUCUUCACUCUUUACAUGCCUCAAGACUUUUUUGAUAGCUCGUCCUCAUCCCAGUGUCCAUUGAAAUCCCAUCAUGUAAUGUACCGGGCACCUUCUUUAAAAAAAAUGUUUACUCUGUGGGUUUGCUUCAUUUCAAUUUCUGCAUUCUGACACAUAUUUUUUUAAUAAAGAUGAGAAAGAGAAAAUGACUGUUGCAGUACAUUUCUAGACCUACUUUAACUUUACCUCAGACGACAGUUUGUUAACAUAUAUGGACACAUUAUUUUUAACUUUAUGUACAAUGCAUUCAACAGAACAGCAAAGUUUUUAGAAAUUUUCCAUUAAUUUCUGUAACACCAUGUAAAACUGUUACAAAUAAACAUGUUUGAGAACAACA